AUGCCGGUUCGGACUGGGCCUCAUGCGAGUGCUGGCAAUGCAUGGGCGCGACGAUCUCGGGCCGCGGCGUUGCGCGAGCAGGCAGACGAUAGCGUGCGCGAUCAGGUCACCGUGCGUCGCAGCUGGGACCAUGUGCAUGGGCUUGGCUGCGUGCGGCGACUGGCCAAUUCCCGCGGCUGCGUGCGGCUGGGCGCUGGCGGCAGCGGGCGGCAACGGCGAUUUCUGACGGCAACAGAUGGUGGUUCACGGCAGCGAUAUGACCGGAAAAAGAAGAUCUUCAAGGGAGAUGGAAUUAGCGAAUUGGGACAUCCGAUCUGGAACUGGUUGUCCCCUGCCCCCAGCCUGCCACCCGUAUUUACGGCCAACGCCCUGAGGAAGGAAACCAAUCGGAGAGCCCAGAUGCCGCUGUCGUUGCACGAAGUGCUGGCGGAGGUGUUCACGAACUGGAUGUUGAGGUCGGUGGAGGUGAGGACGGGAAUCCCAUCCUCGUUUGACGCUUGGGCCAGGUGGAAGGUCACAGGGAGGCCCUCGGCGGAGCCUGGUGUGGCUUUUGUGAUGAAAGAUCAUAGAGCCUUUGCUUUUGAAUCGUCCAUUUGCAGGGAGAUUUUUGAAGGGUUCAAUAGUCCCAAUUUUUCUAUCGAGGGUGACAAUCUAUUUCUGUCCGGUGAAUUAUGGUAG